UAGAUUUAAAAAGAGAGGCUGCAUUCUCAGGCUGACACUUAUUCAACACUGCCACCUUAAGCAGAUUACUUUUGCGCUGCCUGUGUCAAAUACGUGCUUCACUUUGCUCCUCCAUCAUGUUUAGGAUGCUGAAACACCACCUUCACCCGCGCAUUUUUCUCAUGUCCAUAUGGCUUUGUCACCUCAUGGAACAUCAAAAAGUUCAAGCUGGGAACUGCUGGUUGCAGCAGGGCAAGAACGGGAGGUGCCAGGUGCUCUACAUGCCCGGGAUGAGCAGAGAGGAGUGCUGUCGGAGCGGGAGACUGGGGACGUCCUGGACCGAGGAGGACGUCCCCAACAGCACGCUGUUUAGGUGGAUGAUCUUCAAUGGUGGAGCCCCCAAUUGCAUACCUUGCAAAGGUGGAGAAACCUGCGAUAAUGUCGACUGUGGUCCCGGAAAGAGGUGCAAGAUGAACAGGAGGAGUAAGCCGCGCUGCGUGUGCGCGCCAGACUGCUCCAACAUCACUUGGAAAGGACCCGUCUGCGGCUCAGAUGGAAAGACCUACAAAGACGAAUGCGCACUGCUGAAGGCUAAAUGCAAAGGCCACCCAGACCUGGACGUGCAAUACCAGGGAAAGUGCAAAAAAACGUGCCGUGACGUCUUGUGCCCCGGAAGCUCCACGUGCGUCGUGGACCAGACAAAUAACGCAUAUUGUGUGACGUGUAAUCGGAUUUGCCCCGAGGUGACGUCACCGGAGCAGUACCUGUGUGGAAACGACGGGAUCAUCUACGCCAGCGCGUGCCACCUGAGACGAGCGACCUGUCUCCUGGGCAGGUCCAUCGGAGUGGCGUACGAGGGGAAAUGCAUAAAGGCCAAGUCCUGCGAGGACAUCCAGUGCAGCGCGGGGAAAAAGUGUCUGUGGGACGCUCGCAUGAGCCGGGGCCGCUGCUCGCUGUGCGACGAGGCCUGUCCGGAGAGCAGGACGGACGAGGCGGUGUGCGCCAGCGACAACACCACGUAUCCCAGCGAGUGCGCCAUGAAGCAGGCCGCCUGUGCUCUGGGGGCGCUGCUGGAGGUCAAGCACUCGGGAUCUUGCAACUCUAUUACGGAAGACCAGGAGGAGGAUGAGGAAGAUGAGGACUCAGACUACAUGGCCUAUGUCCAUUUAUCUUCUGUACUGGAUGGAUAGGCUCCCAUCACUAAGGGAACAGUCCUAGGGCGAGGAAUCAAGCCCAUACUGUACAUUAUGUGUAUGCUUAUUUAUUUUUUAAAGAAAAGGAAGUAUACAUAUAGUUCAGUCUGCUAGAUGUUUAUUUAUACUUUUUGUGUUUUAUAAUUUAUGCAUUUACAUUGUCAGGCUUACUAUCUCCCAUGAUAUAUUGUGUUAUCACUCAUUUUCCCCUUUUUGUUGUUGUCCCUUUUGCUUUCUUUUUAUCAUGAAGAAAUAUAUUUGUCCAAAGAGAAGCAGUGUUAUUUAUUUGUCAUGUUACCAUGUAAGUAUAAGUCCUCAACAAGCUGUAAAUUGCAUUCCCCGAGCUGUACAAAUCUGCUUGUUUCUGUCAAAUCUCUAUCACAGAUGUUUAUGUCACACAUACGUAAAUGCAUGUUUAGGCUGUGUGUUUAUUUAUUGGAAAUAUAUCAGUCAUUUUAUGUACAGAAAGUGUUUCUGGUUUGUUUACAGUUCAUAUUAAUUGACCAAAGGGAUUUUCUCAAUGGUUUUGCAAAAGAGCAUUCUGAAAGGUGCAACACAGCAGUUGAAAUGGUAGAGGAAAAAAAAGAGCCAUUUAUUUUUCUUCUCUUUUUAUUUGGUUAUUCUUCAGUUUUAGUCUUUUAUGGUUGUUUCCACAUGGAGAGGGCAACUUUAGAUAUUAUUCAGUAGUUUUUAUUUUAUCUCACCACAUUAGAGCAGAUGUACGUUUUGGACAAUACUUGAUUAUUUUGGAAACAAUGUGCCAUUAACGUUUGUCUGCUGUCUUCUUGCCAAUGUGCUCCAUAUUGCUCUUGCAGAGCUACAAUAGGACUAACAUACUGCAGUAACACAAUAUCAGACUUAAUCACUUUGUUUCUUUUUGUUUCGUUUGGGUUUUUUUUUUUUCAAAAUGCAUUUUAUUUUCAAACAUCACAAGAGAAAUACAAAAUUCUGUUAUGAAUAUAUAGUUUUGUAUUUUUUAUGUAAAUGUCAUAUGUACAUACAAAGUUUGAUGGUAUUUGUACAGAUAUGAAGAGUGAAACAAUAAAAGUUUUUUUCCUUAUA